GCCAGCCAGAAAAGCAUUCCAGUUCCAGCACCUCAAAGUGUAACAAAGCUUCUUAGCCUUCUUCGAACCUUUUCGUUCACAAAACCAACCCAACCCAAACUCAAAAUGUUCAAGCUCGUGGUUCUGCCCCUGUUCUUCGCCGCCGUCUCCGCCGGAUACCUCGGAUCGCCGCUGGCCUACUCUGCCCCGGCUUACGCCCACGCUCCGCUGGCCGCCGCCUACCACGCCCCGUACGCUUAUGGUGCCCCGGUCGUCAAGACUGUCGCUGCCCCGGUUGCCUACGCCGCCCCGGCCUACCAUGCUGCCCCGAUCGUUAAGGCUGUUGCCCCGGUUGCCACCAGCUACGCCAACACCUACAAGGUCUCCGUGAAGGCCCCGGUUGCCUACGCCGCCCCGGCCGUCGUGUCGCACGCCCCGGUUGCCUACGCCGCCCCGGCCUACGCCGCCCACGCCUACGCCGCCCCGGCCUACGCCGCCCAUGCCUACGCCGCCCCGGCCUACGCUCACGGAUACUACCACUAAAACGGGACGGGCAGUGUGUGACUCCGGGAACGGAUGAGAUGGAGUCCCACCAUUUAGCGCACCAACCAUCCUGAUGGUCCCGUUCCAGCAGCGAUUGAGGAUAGAGCCGGGUGGUCGGUGUUGCCCGAUCGGUGCUGUGCCUUCUCUCCUCUUGCCAUUAGGGUUUAAUGCAUAAUCCAUUCCGUUCCGGCGAAAGACGACGCAAGCAAAACACCUAUCAAUAGCUGGAAAAAUUUGAGCACACUAUGUUGCCACAUUUCAUCCUCAUCUCCCGGCAAUGUACAAGCAAACAAAAACACACCAGAACUCCCCACCCCAUCAAACCAGAAACAAACUGAGUCGAACCACUGUGUACAUACGAUGUAAAUUCACUGUAUUUAUUACGGAAUAAAACUCUACCUAUAAAAAAAUACAAA